ACUCCGGUGACAAUCAUUCAAAUACAAAUAUCUAUGGCUGCCGCCAACUGGUCAGACUCUCUUGAGCCUCGGUCUAGAAGGCCAUCUCUGACUCCAAUUUCAUUCGCACAGCUUGCCAGACUGUGCGAGGAUGUCGUCGGAAUUAACGAAAGCCCUCACCGCACCCGAAGCGAGAACGUGGAGGAACCCACUGAGCCGUUCUAGGUCCACUCCCCAGUCUAGGCCCCUGACACAAUAUCCUCCACGGUUCAUCGACGAUUUUGGUUCACACUCCUACAACACUGCAACUGAGCUCGAAAGUGUCCGUCGUGCCUCAACCGGUCAUGAUAAGCCUACGUCCGCUCACUUCUCAGACGAGUUUUCUCGAGAUCUCGAAUCCAAUGCGAUUGAGCCUGAAAAGGACGUUUUCGUUGGGCCAGUAAAGAAUCCCAAUAUUGUGAGUUCUUGAUUAGGCCAAUACCGGGACCGAUAUCUCAUGCGAUUCUAGGUCACAUGGGAUUCGGACGAUGAUGGCGAAAAUCCCAAAAAUUGGUCGUUUCGGAAGAAGUGGGCUGCAACCUUGAUCGUAUCUGCAUUCACCUUCAUCUCCCCCGUGUCCUCGUCAAUGAUCGCUCCAGCUUUAGACAAGAUUGGCGAAGAAUUCCACAUCACAUCAGACCUUGAAAAGUCACUCACUCUAUCAGCUUUUGUUCUCGCAUAUGCCAUAGGUCCGUUGAUACUAGGGCCGCUCUCGGAGAUCUACGGCCGCGUCAUUGUUAUCCAAUCAGCGAAUGCUUUUUUUCUUGCUUUCAAUAUUGGUUGUGGGUUUGCCCAGUCCAAAUCCCAGCUGAUAGCAUUUCGUUUCCUCAGUGGCCUGGGUGGAAGCGCACCCCUUGCCCUGGGAGGCGGUGUGCUCAGCGAUACAUGGCGGGCCGAGGAACGAGGGAAGUCAAUGAGCAUAUAUUCUCUUGCUCCUCUGCUAGGACCUGCAGUGGGACCGAUCGCCGGUGGCUUCAUUGCAAUGAAUACAACAUGGAGAUGGUGUUUCUGGGCAACUUCGAUAGUCGAUACCGGAAUUCAAUGCCUUGGGUACUUCUACUUACGCGAGACCUAUGCGCCUAAAAUUUUGAGCAUGAAGGCGAAAAGACUUCGCAAAGAGACGGGCAAUCCAGAUCUCCGUACCGAAUGGGAAAUUCCUGGUCGGACUUUGACCACCAUUCUUGCGACCAACUUGAUCCGUCCAUUCCGUCUGCUGGGCACGCAGAUCAUAAUCCAGGUCAUCGCCAUAUAUAUGGCGUACCUGUACGGAUUGAUGUAUCUUGUACUAGCCACCUUUCCAAGGGUUUGGGCAGAAAUCUACGACCAAUCCACGGGGAUGGGCGGCUUGAAUUAUCUGUCAUUGGGGAUUGGAUUUUUCAUGGGCAGUCAAAUUGCCGCUCCCUUGAACGAUCGUAUAUACAUUGCUCUUAAGAAGCGUAAUGGUGGCGUGGGCCGACCAGAGUUCCGGUGCCCAUUGAUGGUACCUGGAGCGCUUCUUGUCCCUAUUGGACUGUUCAUUUAUGGCUGGACUGCCAGACCAGGCGUACAUUGGAUAUUCCCCAACAUUGGGGCAGCCCUUCUAUCAGCGGGAACGAUUAUGGGCUUUCAAUGUGCUCAGACUUACAUUGUUGAUGCUUACCAAAGAUUUGCGGCCUCGGCCAUUGCGGCGGCGGUUGUUCUGCGGUCUCUUGCAGGCUUUGGAUUCCCGCUCUUCGCCCCAUAUCUGUAUGCGGCUUUGAAUUUGGACUGGGGGAACUCACUGCUUGGCUUUGUAAGUCCUCAAUUACCACAAAUUCAUCUCGAGAUCGCUGUUUGAACGCACGCCGUGUAUGGAGAGACAGAUAUGGACCUUUGUCUGGUUUCGCCACCAAUGCUGCACCUUCAAUCGAUUUGUCGAUCAUAACUGACUUGCCGGUCUCUAGAUUGCAAUUGGGCUAGGCCUGCCAGCGCCAUUCCUUCUGUACCGCUUUGGUGAGAGACUCAGAGCAUCAUCGCCCUAUGCUGCAGGUGCAUAAUCCACCUAAUAUCUUCCGUCAUAGCCGGCCUAUUUCCAAAGGUAUAGGAUAGAAUCACCUUACGGCGUACCCUAGAAAUCUAAUAGUUGGACAAACAAAUCGCAAAAGUAUAGUGCAUUCGGCCGAAAUAGUUCUACUUGUUUCUUUCUGAGGCAAGUUUGAUUACCGUGUCCAUCAUGCGCUGAUUUCGAGGACGGCUUUGCCAACAUUCUCUCCCUUGAACAGGCUGACU